AUGGAUGAGACGGUUCCUGAUACUCCCAUCGGCCACAGAAAAGUCGUCACCACUCCUCCCCCGGCUGCUACAGACGAUGCAGAUUUACUAGGAUACGAGACGGUUGCCACGGUUCCCCUGUCCCACCCCAUACAAGUUUCACAAAUUCCCCAGACCCUGACCCCAGCUUCUCAGCGGCUACAGACACAGCCCACUCAGAUCAUUCCUGGCGGCCCUGCCGCUUCAGCAGGAAUCAAUUUCGUUGUCCAAGUCGCCGCCUCCUCGCCUCUAGGCCCUGCCUCUUCUCCUUCACGUCCUCCACUGAGCAACCUCAUAGCGCCGCCUGGAACACGUUUCCGCCCACCUGCACGACCAGAGAAACGGACCCCGGUUAUCGAUCUUGACGACGACGGUCCCGUAUACCGCGGUGGUUCUUCUGACGACGAGACGGCGAAUCCAAGUCCCGAUAUCAAGCCGUCAACAUUCGCUAGACCUACUAAAAGCCCAGAGAAAAUCGCCGAGUCGCCAGUGAGCGGAAACAGUUCUGCUAUGGAUCGGUUCAAGGAGAUCACAUCGUCCGCCAUGUAUAGGCCGGGCAAGCGUACGUCGACAGAGAUGGGCUCCGCAUCUCCAAUCGGGGUCGCGGUGAAAAAGCCUCGACAGGAUGGUCCCUCUCGUGCUCAGCCGGUUGGUACGGGCAUCUCGUCGCUGGAUGACAUCGAGGAUUACCAGAUUAGGGUAAAAGUACAGAGACUGCAGACGGUUAUGCGCCAGAAGUCUCUUCAGGCUUGCUUGGACGCUCUAAUUGCGAAGCGCGGUGAUUAUGACGAUGCACUGGUUUACUUGUCUGAAGAAAAAGACAGUGCGACGCCAGUUUACAUUUCGUCCGACGAUGAACUGGCUGUUAUUAGGCACACAUCGCCCGUUGGCGCUGCGCCGGCCAAACAGCAGAUUAAAGCGCGCAGUACGAUUCAGGAUAAAUGGUCGUCUCUGCGCAUGCCGAACCCUCCUCAGAAGACGACGCCGCCACCGGAAGAGCAAAAGCCACGGAGACGCUUGAUCAGGGGACCGAAGAAUCGUUCCUCCUCACCCGCCAGUUCAGCCCGUUCCGACAAUACUCAGCCACAACGCAAACCCGGCCGACUUGUGCGCGGUCAGAGAGCCGUGGUCUCAUCACCACGCUCAGAGUCUCCCGAGGAACCUAUACAGAUUUCAGACGACGAUACCGGAUCGGAUAGUGGAGAAGUCGAAGAUGGCGACCGAGAUGUUAAGGUGCUCAGAUUUUUCAACCAGUGCGACGCUGCCAAUCUGGCAGACAUUGCUGGCAUUUCCGAAGAAGUCGCGCAAAUCGUGAUCUCGAACCGUCCCUUCAGAUCUCUGGACGCUGUCCGCGCUGUCACUGCUCCGUCUGACGAGUCGAAACCCAAAACCGGGAAAGGACGUAGGGCACCAAAGCCCAUUGGAGAUAAGGUUGUGGAUAAAUGUCUGGACAUGUGGGCUGGCUAUGAGGCCGUCGACUCGUUGGUGGCCCAAUGUGAGGCUAUCGGAAGGCCAAUUGCUUUAGAAAUGAAGAAAUGGGGUGUUGAUAUCUUUGGGAAGCGAGAUGGAGAGUUGGAGAUGGUCUCAAUUGAUACUGGAGCUUCUCAUGAUUCUGGCAUCGGGACUCCUUCCAGCAAUCGCUCUGACGAGGAUAGCGAUGGCCCUGCCACCAACGCCGGUUCGCGAAAGACCAAAUUCAUCUCUCAACCAUCGAUCAUGAACAAGGAUUUCAAGAUGAAAGACUAUCAGAUUGUCGGGAUAAACUGGUUGUCUUUAUUGUUUAAUAACGAGCUCAGCUGUAUCCUUGCGGAUGACAUGGGAUUGGGGAAAACGUGCCAAGUGAUUGCAUUCCUUGCGCAUUUAUAUGAACGUGGUAUCAAGGGGCCGCAUCUUGUUGUUGUACCUGCAUCCACUAUCGAGAACUGGCUCCGAGAGUUCCAGAAGUUCUGCCCUGCGCUCUCCGUUAUGCCGUACUACGCUGGUCAAAACGAAAGACUGAGCAUCCAGGAGACUAUUCUAAAUAACCUAGACAGCAUCAAUGUUGUCGUGACUACCUACACCAUCGCGAAGGGCAAAUACGACGCAUCGUUUCUCCGAAAGAUGAACUUUUGCGUCUGCGUCUACGAUGAAGGGCAUAUGCUCAAGAGCAGCACGUCUGUCCUGUAUGAGAAAUUGAUCAGAAUCCCUGCUCAAUUCAGGCUUCUCUUGACGGGAACACCCCUUCAAAACAAUCUUCAGGAACUGGCCUCGCUGCUGGGUUUCAUCCUUCCCAAGGUAUUCCAGGAGCGAAAGGAUGAUCUCCAGUAUAUCUUUGCGAACAAGGCCAAAACGACCGAUGAAUCGCGCACUACUCUUCUCUCUGCACAGCGUAUAGAACGCGCAAAGUCCAUGCUCAAGCCAUUUGUGUUACGUCGCAAGAAGUACCAGGUCAUCGACCUCCCCCCGAAGAUUUCCCGCGUGGAGUACUGUGAAAUGAACGACACGCAGAAGGAGAUCUACUCAAGCCAGAAAGAAGAAGUGCGACAGCUUCUGGCUGACCGUGCAGCCGGGAAGAGAACAGGCAACAAGUCCGCGAACAUCUUGAUGAAACUCCGCCAGGCCGCCCUGCACCCUCUCCUCUUCCGCCGUCUCUACGACAAUAACACUCUAAGCCGGAUGGCUAAGGCGUGUCUAAAGGAGGAGAAAUGGUCCCAAUCCGACCCAGACCUCAUCUACGAAGACCUGCAGCCAUACAACGACCUAGAAUGCCACCAGAUAUGCGCAGAAAACCCAAACUCCCUGGGCAAAUUCGCCCUGAAAUCCGCCGAAUGGAUAAACUCCGGUAAAGUCGCCAAGCUCUGCGAUCUCCUAUCCCGUUUCAAGGAAUCUGGCGACAGAACUCUGAUUUUCUCCCAAUUCACCAUGGUAAUGGACAUCCUCGAACUCGUCCUGGAAGAACAACACAUUGAAUUCGUCCGCUUGGAUGGCCGCACAAACGUCGAAGACAGACAGUCGAUCCUCGACGCCUUCCAUGAACGCACCGAUAUCCCCGUCUUCCUACUCUCAACUAAGGCCGGAGGCGCCGGCAUCAAUCUCGCCUGCGCUAACAAGGUGAUCAUAUUCGACUCUUCGUUCAAUCCGCAGGAGGAUGUGCAGGCCGAGAACCGCGCCCAUCGCGUCGGCCAGAACAGGGAAGUCGAGGUGAUCCGUCUCGUGACGAAGGAUACCAUCGAGGAACAGAUCUAUGCGCUUGGUCAAACGAAGCUGGCUCUUGAUCAGGCUGUUUCUGGUGCCGCCGCUGUUGGCGAGGAAGGUGGAGCGUCGUCAAAGAAACAGGAGGAGACCGGUAUGAAGAUGGUUGAGGAUAUGAUGCUUGCGGAUAUGGAGAAAAAGGAUGAUGAAGCUGCUCAGAAGUGA